CCACGAUGGAGAGUUCAGAGCAGGGAGAAGUGGGGGAGGGUGUAGAGGAAGCCGACAGUGAGGCUACUGGCGUGGAGGGAGACACCCCGGAGUCCCAGGAGGCAUGCAGCCAGGAGCUCUUCUCAAGCCAGGAGGAGGCUAGCCAGUCGCAGCAGCUGGAAGUUGCUGGUGAGGAAGAAACUGAGGAGCGUGCUCGGGUGACCUUGACUAAUGCAGCCGGAUCACCGGCCUCACGUCGGUUGCAGAACUUGAGAAAAAAUCCCCGAAAAUCAAAAGAAGAAUUGAUCAAAGCAGUUAUGAUUCACUACAACAGAGAAAGUAGGAAGACGCAGGAAUGGAGAGAGAAAAUGUAUGAAUGGGGAGAGAAAAUGUAUGAGUGGAGGCAAACAGAAAGCAGGAGAAAGGAAUUGGCUAUCAAAAAAACCUCAAAGCAGAUGAUAAGCCUCCUGGCUCGCCAAACUGAGUCUUUCGAGUCUCUCGUAGCCAUGCAGGCAGAUCUGUACUGUGGUAACCCACACCCCUCCCAAAGCUCUCUUUCUUGUUCCCCAGUAUUUGCACAAAACACCUUUCUCCAGCAGCCAGUUUCUUAUUACCCCCAGCGGCCCCCAACACCUGUACGAUCACCUACCAGUCCUGAUAACUAUAAUUCUUACCCUGUGCACUCCACCCCCAUUACCCUGCAGCAUAGUAAUCCUGAAGUGCAGCAGACAUUGAACAGUAAUCAAAACAGGACAUAUUCAAACCUCUGAAUGUACAGUCCACCACCCUAACCCCC